UGUGGUUACACCCUCUCCACCCUCUCUCUCCAUGUGCUGCUGCAGGAUGGAGCAGACCGCUGUGAGAAUCUGAUAAUACUCCGUUUGCACAUCCUUCGGCUUGGUGUUAGAAGCGUUCACACUGAGAAUUCAGGAGCAACGAUUCAUCACCAUGUCCAUCCGGAGGCUCAGGAGCGACCCCAAAACAGUGGGCGACGUGAAUUUGGUCACAGGGGAACUGAAGAAUCUUUAUUUCAAGAGGCUGCUUCCCAUAGAGAAACACUAUUCCUUCCAUCACUUUCAUUCUCCGAGCUAUGAGGACGCAGAGUUUGACAACCAACCAAUGGUCUUGGUGAUAGGUCAGUACUCGACAGGAAAGACAACUUUUGUCAGAUAUCUCCUCGAAGAAGAUUUCCCUGGUAGCAGAGUUGGGCCAGAGCCGACCACCGACUCCUUCACUGCCCUCAUGCAUGGAGAGGUGGAGGGAGUCAUCCCCGGCAACGCCCUCACAGUGGACGCGAAGAAGCCCUUUCGCCACCUGGACCCUUUUGGAAAUGCCUUUCUGAACAGGUUUCAGUGCGUUCAGAUGCCAAAUAAAGUCCUGGAGAGCAUUAGCAUCAUCGACACACCGGGCAUCCUGACCGCUGCUAAGAGAAAACUGAGCCGUGGCUACGACUUCCCGGCCGUGCUGCGCUGGUUCGCGGAGCGCGUGGAUCGGAUCAUCCUGCUCUUCGAUGCACAUAAACUGGAGUUCUCUGAUGAGCUCACCCGGGCCUUCGGGGCCCUGUGCGGCUAUGAGGACAAGUUGCGCGUGGUCCUCAACAAAGCUGACAGGGUGGACUCGCAGCAGCUCAUGAGGGUGUACGGCGCCCUCAUGUGGUCUCUGGGGAAAGUGUUUCGAACACCGGAGAUCCUCCGGGUUUACGUUGGAUCAUUCUGGUCGGAGCCCAGGCAGAUGUGUGACCACCACCAGCUGUUAGAGAUGGAGGAGGAGGAUCUUUUGGCCGACAUAAGGAACCUGCCCCGCAAUGCUGCCCUACGCAAACUGAACGACUUGGUAAAAAGGGCCCGCUUAGUAAGGGCACAUGCUCAUGUUAUCAGCUAUCUCAAAAAGGAGAUGCCAACCAUUUUUUGCAAAGAAAGCAAGAAGCACAACCUGAUCUACCAACUUCCGCUGAUUUUCACCAAGAUCCAGCAGCGGCAUCGAGUCCCGGCCGGGGACUUCCCCGACUGCACCAAGAUGCAGGAAAAACUUUUGGGGCAAGAUUUCUCCAAGUUCAAGACACUGAAACCAAGUCUGAUGGCUUCCUUGGAUAAACUCCUGACCAGUGACAUAGCAAACCUGGUGCCGUUGAUUCAACGACAAGACCUGAGGAAGAAAUCCCUCCCCGGUGUGCUGGACGGGGAGUUUUUGGGAACAUUCAGGCCUGAGCGUUACAAGAAAGAUUCUCUCAUGGAACUGAAAAAAUCCGGUCGGAGCGGUGAGACAGAUUUUGUCGAGUGGGCGGUGGAGAAAUACAAGCCAAAGCACGAUGAGGUUUUCUUCAACCUGGGUCCACACGGGGGCAAACUGAGCGCCACCAAAGUCAAAGAGUGGAUGACGACCACCCUCCUACCCAACUCCGUGCUUGCUCACAUCUGGAGGCUGUCUGAUGUAGACGGGGAUGGCAUGCUGGACAACGAGGAGUUUGCUUUGGCGGCCCAUCUUAUUGAGGGAAAGCUGGAGGGCCACUGGCUCCCCCGAGAGCUGCCGUCUCACCUGGUGCCACCGUCGAAGCGGCAAAGUUUAGCCAGCGAGGACAAAGAGUAAAACGGGAAAGGAUACGGUAGAGCCUGAUCUGGUGAUCGCAUAUUAAAAAAAACUAACCCAAUCAUUAAAAUCACCUUUAAAUGAGACUGAGAAGGUGUUAUGCCAUUUGCACGAGAAUCAUCAUGUCCCCAAAAAGAUUGCUGUGAUGGUUUGGAUCUUUUCAUCUGCAGUCACUCAAAUAUCCACCAAAAUGAUUGAAAUCCACCAGCAAUGAUUGUCAGUGAGGUGUAAUUUCACUCUUAAGGUUUGUUUUGCCUUACACAUAAAAGUUGCUCAUAUCUCCCGUAAUCCAAUUGGACUUUUAUCAAUGCUAUUAAAUUUUGUUCAUCACAUCAUGACCAUUAUGCAGUGGGUAUUACGAUAUGGUCGGGGUUGGUACUCACGCAGGUGGCAGAAGCGCCCAUACAGUCCCGGGGAGCACAGGCAGCCUCCAUACAUGCGAUUGCAAUGUCCGUUGUUUGGGCAGUUGCACUUUUUUCUGCAGUGCCUCCCAAAAUAACCCCUCGGACAACCUGCAAAAACACGAAUAAUGCCACUUUAGGAUCGAAUGGAUAAGGGCUACAAUUCUUCUGUGAUUUGUGGAAGUGUAAAGAAGUAUCAUUUUUCAGCCUUGUCAAUUACUUUGCUUUGGUCAGAAAAUCAAAUGAAACUAAAGGAUUUUAAACUUU